CACUUCCGGUACGAUGAUAUCGAAACUGUCUGAAUGGUGGAUUCAGUAGUCCUGUGUUAAUUUCCAUUUGCGGUCCUUUCUGCAUAAGUGAAAAAAUGGAGAAGGCAUCCAUGGAGUUCAUGUUCACGCUGGGCUAUUGGCUGAUAGCUCUGUGUCUGGCAAUUCCACCGCAAGAAUUCAGAUCUGCCGGACUGACCGUCCAGAACGUUCUGUCACAUUGGCUUGGCAGUGAAGAAAUGCAUUUUGUUUACUAUCAUUUGAAAAGAACAACGGCUACACUUGUAUUUCAUUGUUUUAUUCCAUUGGGUUAUUAUAUUGGUCUUGCUAUUGCAGUGCCCGACCUGAAUCUGUGGAACUUCUGGUCAGUAAGCCAAGUCUGGCAGUUCUAUAUAUGUAUUUCAAUUGGCAUACUCAUAUUUGGAAUCCUGCUAGCAUUCUAUUGGUCUAGAAGAAAAUGGGACAAUCAUCCCAUUGCGAAAAAACUUGGUUACCAUGGUGAUACUUGGAGAGCAGUAGCAUCGUCGGUUAAUAUUGAAUUCCGAAGAUUUGAUAAAUUUGCAACUGGUCCACCAGGUCAAAGAGUGAUUGUGACAGAGUCUUGGGUCAUCAAGACUGCUACGUAUACUUUAUACAUUGCGCAUCAAGGGGACGUUCAUCUUACACUCGUUGGGAGUCAAGAACAUGAUAUUUAUUAUGAAAGCAACACAGCUGUGCAGUUUUUGAAUAUUACUGUUGCCAUGUACAUCCCAUAA